UGCGUGAUUAAUAUAUAUAUAUAUAUAGGCAUUAAAUGCAAAUUUUGACAAUUAACGGCAAGAAUCUUAUUGAAUAAUGAUUAGGAAUGUUGAAGAGGGAUUAUUACAGUUGGAAAAAAAAAUCACUGAACUGGAAAAUCUAUUGAAAAAGAGAAAACCCUCCAACUCAGUGACCAAGGCAAUAAAUGGCUUUCCUUUAACAACUGUUGAGGAGUUUGAGGACAUGGAAAAGGAUGAUAAAGUUGAGAAUUGUUUAGAAAUGGCAUCACGUUUGACAAUACUGGGGGCGGCAGACUUAAGAUCAUUUGUCGCCCUUGCCAUAAAAGAAAUCAUGGUGGAUGCGCUUGUAGUAAAAUUUUCUUGGUGUGGGCUGAGAGGAAAUAAAAUGUUUAAUAGAACAAAAUUAUGUGCUUUAAUCUUUGAAGCUGCCAUGGACUGCACAAGAUUUAAUGGUCCAUCAGACAUGUCCGAAUUUAAGGAACAUGUAGACGAGGUAUUUAGGACUACUAAACAACGCUACCUUGCGCAACAAAAGAACCAAAGAAAAACCCAAGAGUCACCAGGGACCAAUUCAACAGGUGCACAAGAAAUGCUUGAAGAAGAGGCUAGUUCCACCGACGAGUCAUUUAAAAAUAGCGACUUAGAUGAGAGUUGUGAAGAUUCUUCCACAUUUGGAGAAUCACAAUAAAUUAACAUAUAAUUUUUUAAAGGUGAUAAAAUUUAAAAUCAAAAAAUAUCUUUUUAUGUUACUUAAAUAGUUUCUAAAAAUUCCAAUCGGAUUUAUACAUUUGUUUAUUUCUUGAUAAAUUAUUUUAAAUUUCUUGACAGAUUUUCAUUAAUUUUG